AUGUAUAUUGAAAGAGAAGAAGAAGAAGAAGAAGAUGAUGAUGAUGAUGAUGAUGAUGAUGAUGAUGAUGAUGAUGAGGAGGAGGAGGAGGAGGAGGAGGAGAAAGAAGAAACAGGUUAUCGAUCAAAAAUAAUGAUGAUAGCGAUGAUCAACAUGAUUAUUACUAUUAUUCACUUGGUAACAUAUCAAUCAGGUGGGUGGAAGAAAUCUAAUCAAGAUACUCAUUAUUAUUACUGUCGUUUAACAAAUAGAUUUUUUUAA